AUGGCGUCACGUGGUAUGCUGGGUGCAGUUUGUCUCUUUGGCGGUCUGACGAUGACAGGCGUCGCGCUGGCGGGGUCGCGAUGGAGGCGGAUUUCGACCCGCCGCGCGCAGCUGAACAACGAAUACGCCAGCAUUCUGGCGGAACUCCGCUCAUUGAAUGACGCACGCCUGAAGGAGGCCGAGGACCUGCGGCAAAAAAAGCAGGAAAAUGCCCUGCUGCAUGAAACGGUGACUACACUAUGGGCCGAUCGUCUUGCACGCUACGUCCAAACAAACAAGGAGCUGCACUCGUUUUUGAAAGCCCUUCCGGAGGCGCUUGGUGCCCUGAAAGGUCUCACAAGUCACUAUCGGUACAUGGCAACUGAGAUGGCGAAGUUUUUGGCAUUUGACGUCUCCUGUAUUAAGGUGCAUAAUUUUGCACUUCUUCUUGAGCACGGUGAAAAUGUAGGAAUUCCCCGUGUGAUCGAGACAAUUCGUCAACUCCUUAUUGCCGAGCCACUUGUCCAAGUGGUGUGUGACAGCGUCAUUAAUAUUCCCGCUGACGUUAGCAGUCCACGGUCUAUUGGUGAGUGCAGUUCGAGUUUUGUCUUCUGCAUGGAGGAACUUGACCAGGCGAUUGAGGCGGCGGUGUUGCGCUACGUUGACUUUCAGAGCGAUCAUGGAACAAAGGCUCCCAAUGCCAUUUGCGAUGGUGUACGCAAGCUCACUAGCGAGGCCAAGUUGAAUACGUUUAGUAAAGGCGACAUCAUCAUGCAGAAGGAGCAAAGGGCACUUCGUGACCUUCUCCUUCGCGAUAGACGGCAGCUGCACACGACAGAGGAUUUGAGAAGUGCUUUGAAGUACGUUGAAACUGUUUCAGAUGAGCUCUGCUAUGAAAACGCGAAGGAUGGUGGGCUGAAGGCGAGUGUUUCUGGGGACACCGCGGUCAAAGUUGCGCGGGAGCAACUUUUAUUGUGGCGCAAGUCGGCUGCAGUCUUUCUGGUGCAGCAACAGGCGAAGGAGGUGUUGGGCGCCUAUCAACUUCUGUUGGCGGAGACACUUACAAAAACAAACUCGGGCUGA